AUGGGAGGUCGAGGCAGUGGCCCUAGACUGCGGGGCGUGCCUCCCAGAAAACCACCCGGACGUACUCGCUCCUCAGGAACCCCGAUAGACCCAUGGGGUCCUCCGGUUUACCAUGACAUCGCCCGGGUCCUUUAUCCGGCGACAGCGACGGGGCUGCCCAGCAAUGACCCGGAAUCUGAAGAUCCCAUGUUUGACCUGCAGGACGCGACCGUGUUUCGGCAGGACGGCAAGACCAUGGCGAAUCUCCUCGAAGUGGCGGUAGAUGGUCCAUUUAUUGUCAAAGGCAAGAUGAUUGUGGAACAGGAUACAGAAGACCGACUCGCGAUACCCAGGUGCAAAUCUGUUUACGUUGUGAUACCCAAAUGCAGCAUGUUUUCGAUGGGCUAUGGGCCGUUAACCUUGUGGGCAUGGUCUGUUGGCGGAUGGAUGGAGAUCAAACCUGCGAAGGUCUACCGCGAAACCUACUUCAACAUGUUUGAGGCUAUUACCCUCUACUGGGAAAUCAUGGCUGCGUACCAGGACCUCGAGCACAAGUUUAGAAAAAAGUCCAAAUCGGCCAUUCGUCAAGCACUACUAAACGCCCGACUAGACGAAAUCUUCUACCAGUACGCCAAGAAUGCAGGCGACGGCGUCAUACUUUCCGAGGUGGAAAAGCGAUGCGAUAAGCACGCCCUGUUCCUGCUUGACCAAUUCGAUCAACAGUCGGAUUUCGACUGGGACAGGACAAGCUUUUUCCACUGGAUGCGGAAAAGACAUCCCGAUAUUGUCGCCAAACUGGAAGCACAGAAAACCAAGAAUGCGGCUACGAAGACUAGUUCGCGAACGAGAGUGUCAGUCGACAUCGAGAUGUCUGGAACAAAGCAUACGAGGCCCGAGCCCAGUAAACCCCUGCCUGCUGUACCCCCACCUUCUGGACCUCUCUCUACUAUUCGGGCGCCUGCAUCUACACCUGUCUCUACGCAUAUCUCUUCCACGGCCGUCAAACAUGGCCUCAUAAAAAACCCCCCAGCGACCAAUUUACCCACCAUUAUUACUCUUUUGGAAGAAAUCGCCGCGGAGGCGGAGGGGGGUCGCAAAAGUACCUAUGGAAAAUUUACAUCCGAGAUGUAUAAAAAAUGCAAGCUUUCCAACACGGCUUAUUCCAUCCCCAAGGAGAUUCUGCAACUAUAUGCAGCCGACAUACUAAAGACCCUGGACCCGGAGCAAUGGAAGGGAUCACCGUUAUGGGAAGGGCUGGAAAAGGAGGCCAAACAGCCAAUUACAAAGCUUGUCCACUUGCAAUCCAUGGAGGAGAUAGCCGAAAGGCUUGUGCGCCGCCAACAUCGAACAAUUGUCUCGGUGGAGGAAGUGGCCACGCCUAGCCGUGUUCCGAAUAGGUCUCAUGCCGGCAAAACACCACGUUUAAGCCUAUCUGUUGCGAGAAAGCGUCCGCUGGAGGAAAUGGAUCUCGACGACGACGGUGAAGUUUCUGUCGAGCCAAGCCCGGCAGGACCGAGUUCAAUAGGGCCAGGGUUAAUAGGGACCAACGCUGCUCCGCCUAGGCGCCGGGGCAGACCGCCCAAGAUAUCCAGAGCUGAACGAGCCCAAAUACCACAGGACCAGAGCACCGGAAACACCGACGACGAGUCCAGUGAUGAAUCUGAUAGUGGCAUUGGCGGCACGGCGACCAAGGUCGUCCUCCGUUCAUACCCUCUGCAGACGGAGAAGCCGACCGGUCCAAUGGGUACAUGGGUCUGCUCAGAAGCCGGUUGCGGGCACAUAGUACGGUCGGCAAAAGAUAUAGGACAGAGGAAGAAGGUACUGGAGCAUAUGCAGCUGCAUACAAAACACGACAUGGAGCUGGCAGAGCAGGCUCGAGAAGAGGGUCAGCGAAAUGGGUUGCCAGUCAGCAAACUUCUGGAUAAAAUUAUGAAGGAUGCUGCCAAUAAGUCUGAGCGGAUCAAGCGAGCGCAGCUGGGCUGGUAG